AAAUGCUACACUUGUCACUUUACCUCACCCCUCGACCUCAUCCAAGGAUCCAAGCAGUCUUUUCAAGUGAGGCAGAGGUUCACCUGCACCUCCUCCAACUUCAUCUAUUGCAUCCCCUGUUCCAGGUGCCAACUGCUCUACAGUUGGUGAGACCAAGCUCAGGCUUGUCGAUCGCUUCGACCCAACACCUCCGCUCAGUUCGAAAUAACCAACCUGAACUCCCGGUGGCUCCGCACUUCAACUCCCCCACCCAUUCAGAAUCCGACCUUUCUGUCCUGGGCCAGAAUGCCAUUUAUGGGAACAUGGAUUCCAUGGAAGACCAUUUGGAUACCCUAACUCCAGUUUUAAGAAUAAGCCAGCUAGAUGCUUUUGAACUGGAUAGAGCCUUAGAACAGCUCAUUUGGUCCCAAUUUGCCCAGUGUUUCCAAUGUUUUAAACCUGGCCUGCUUACAAACUUUGAACCAGAACUGAGAGCAUUUCUGCAAUUUUUACUAUGGAGAUUUACCAUCUAUUCUCAAAAUGCAACAGUUGGUCAGGCACUUCUGAACAUCAGAUAUAAAAAUGAUUUGUCCCAGGGACAAAAGUACAAACCAAUGAGUAAACGUCAAAAGCUAUGGUAUGCAUUAUUCGCCAUUGGGGGGAAAUGGCUGCAAGAGAGAGCCCAUGAUUUAUUUAGUAAUCGUUCCCCAGAGUCGGUUAUCCACAAAUUUAAAUAUUCCAUUACUUUUAUAACUGGACUUUUAAGAGUUGCUGGACUACUGAAUUUUCUCAUCUUUCUUCAGAGGGGUAGAUUUGCUACUUUUCCAGAAAGACUUCUAGGAAUCAGAGCUGUUUUCUGCAGACCGCAAGGUGUUCGCCAAGUUGGCUUUGAAUAUAUGAAUCGCGAACUGUUAUGGCAUGGAUUUGCUGAAUUCUUAAUAUUUCUUCUGCCACUGAUUAAUACCAGAAAACUGAAAGUAGUUGUUUCAUCGUGGUUUCUUCCUGUAGGUCAUCUCCAUCAUAAUGACGGCACACUAUCAAUCCACUGUAAAGAAUGUGCGAUUUGUGGUGAUUGGCCAACUAUGCCUCAUAUAAUCGGUUGUAAGCAUGUUUUUUGUUAUUAUUGUAUUCAAAGUAAUUACUUGUCUGAUGCUGACUUUACUUGUCCAAAAUGUAGCACUGAAAUCCACAUUAUUGAACCUUUGAUAUCAAACAUUCACCAAUUAAUCUAAAUUUGCAUAAAUCCAAUUUUGGAAUUUGAACACAUGAUCUCGAAUGAUUUCUGAAUGCAUAAUUGCAGUACAAGUCCGCCCAUUUCUAGAACUUCCACUCUUCAAUUUGCUUACCAUUUUCAGGUUACUGUCUACAUCCCUGUGUCAUAACCAGCUCCCUCUUUAAUAUCUUCAAUACUUCUGCUUCACUUGAGUGCAUGUGAUCUCUCUGAGAACUUCCAGGUGUCAUUCUCUUUGAUAACGUUUUGAUGAUGAGGUCUUCAGAUGGUUCCAUGGGCAGCCUUUUGCUGAUGACAAUUGAAGGUAUUUGGACUAACAGCUUGGGAAGGCCCAGCUCAGUAUUGUGGUCCCUGGAGUAAAGGAUACUGUUCUUGCUUCAUGUGGCAGGUGAAGGAUUUCCUUCGUAUUAAAGAGUUUGUUAAGUUCUCCAAGGCAGUAAUGGAAGGCUUAUGUUAGAUGAUCGUAUAAUCUGGAAAACGUGAGGGUCUUAAACCCCUUCAGAAGAUUAAAUUGUUUAUCUUUGGACCAUUUCAGGUUCUUGAACCAUCCAACCAACUGCUCAUAACUAGAUCAUCAAUCUAACACCUAAUUAAAACACCGCAAAAUUGGAGGAACAGCACCUCAUAUUCCGUUUGGGGAGUCUGUCCUGGGUCUCCACCAUGGCCACAGCGAGCAGCAGCACCGGAAAUUGGAGGAACAGCACCUCAUAUUCCGUUUGGGGAGUCUGCAUCCCGGGGGCAUGAACAUCGAAUUCUCCCAAUUUUGUUAGUCCUUGCUGUCUCCUCCC